AUGGACGGGAACCAGCCGAGGCCCCAGCAGCCCCUGUCGGACGCGGACCUGGUCGGCCGUGGGCGGCAGAGAGGACCAGUGGGAGCAACAGCCAAGUCACAAGAGCUCCAGAUCUCCGCUGGAUUCCAGGAGCUCUCCUUAGCGGAGCGAGGAGGUCGCCGCCGAGAUUUCCACGACCUCGGUGUGAACACCAGGCAGAACCUGGACCACGUGAAAGAGUCCAAGACCGGUGGGCUUUUGAAGAUCAUGAAUUUGCAGCAGAUUGGACGGAAUUAUUACAACCCAAGUGACCCGAUCGACAUUCCAAACCACAGGUUGGUGAUCUGGCCCGGCUUCACGACCUCCAUCCUGCAGUACGAGAACAACAUCAUGCUGUGCACGGACGUCAGCCACAAGGUGCUGCGCAGCGAGACGGUGCUGGACUUCAUGUUCAGCCUCUACCAGCAGACGGAGGAGCACCGCUUCCAGGAGCAGGUCUCCAAGGAGCUGGUCGGCCUCAUCGUGCUCACCAAGUACAACAACAAGACCUACCGUGUGGACGACAUCGACUGGGACCAGAACCCCAGCAGCACCUUCCGGAAGGCGGACGGCUCGGAGGUCAGCUUCCUGGAGUACUACCGCAAGCAAUACAACCAGGAGAUCACCGACCUGAAGCAGCCGGUGCUGGUCAGCCAGCCCAAGAGGAGGCGGGGCCCGGGCGGCGUGCUCCCCGGCCCGGCCAUGCUCAUCCCCCUUGCUGGGAGACCGGAGAGGCAGCGGGAGCCUGUCUUGCAGCCGCCCCGCCCUCCCCGGGAGGAGCAGCUGGGCACGCACUCAGGCGCCUGCACUCUCUCCCAGUUCGAGUACAACCCGCAGUUCGCUGACUGGUCCAAGGAGACGAGGGGCGCACCGCUCAUCAGCGUGAAGCCGCUGGACAACUGGCUGCUGAUCUACACGCGCAGGAACUACGAGGCGGCCAACUCGCUGGUCCAGAACCUGUUCAAGGUCACCCCGGCCAUGGGCAUCCAGAUGAAGAAGGCGGUCAUGAUCGAGGUGGACGACAGGACGGAGGCCUACCUGCGGGUCCUGCAGCAGAAGGUCACCUCCGACACCCAGAUAGUGGUCUGCCUGCUGUCGAGUAACCGGAAGGACAAGUACGACGCCAUCAAGAAGUACCUGUGCACCGACUGCCCGACGCCCAGCCAGUGCGUGGUGGCCCGGACGCUGGGCAAGCAGCAGACGGUGAUGGCCAUCGCCACCAAGAUCGCCCUGCAGAUGAACUGCAAGAUGGGGGGCGAGCUGUGGAGGGUGGACAUGCCCCUGAAGCUGGUGAUGAUCGUGGGCAUCGACUGCUACCACGACACCACGGCCGGGCGGCGCUCCAUCGCCGGCUUCGUGGCCAGCAUCAACGAGGGCAUGACCCGCGUGCCCGCGCCCUGCCAGUACGCGCACAAGCUGGCCUUCCUCGUGGGCCAGAGCAUCCACCGCGAGCCCAACCUGUCGCUGUCCAACCGCCUGUACUACCUCUAGCCGAGCGGCUCUCCCAGCGCCAGCAAGGGCUCCGCCUCACCGUCAGCCUCUCGUCCGGUGGGACUUGGGAGGGGCCGGGGCGUCCGACAUCACUACCAACCGAGAUAUUUUAUAGGUAAAAAUUAGUGUUUUUUAGUUCUCACCCAAGGACACGUUUUUAUUGAUUUUUUUUUUUCUAGAGAGAAGGGGGGGGGGAGAG